AUGGCUAUUCUUCUCACCAGCUUCUUGCUAUGUCUGAUGUUGCGGGUCUGGACCAUGCCCAUAACUGCCAAGACCAAUUCCUUUUCCUUCUCCGAACAUACAGCCGCGUAUCAAAUCAACCGACUAUCUCGCUUUGCCCUCGACUCGACGCUGGAUGCAAUCGGGAAUCGCUCAUUGGGUCAUGACCAAGGGGGAUGUACGUUAGAAAAUGUGCGGGUCCGUCGAGACUGGAGAACCUUCCCGCGCAAGGAAAAGAGAGCCUAUAUCAAUGCAGUUUUAUGUCUACAAUGGCUGCCUGCUCAAACACCUUCUGCCCUUGCAGCCGGGGCCAAGUCCCGAUACGAUGACUUCGUAGCCACGCACAUCAACCAAACCUGGCAUAUUCAUCGCACGGGCACCUUUUUGGCCUGGCAUCGGUAUUUCAUCUACGUGUUCGAAGAGACGUUGCGUGAUGAAUGCGGUUAUACCGGCGACCUCCCUUACUGGAACUGGGGUGCUGAUGUACAAUCAAUGGAAGAGUCCCCGCUCUUCGACGGCAGCGACACAUCGUUGUCGGGCAAUGGGGCUUAUAUUCCCAAUCAGCCGAACCUGCGGAUACCACUUGGGAACACCGAUCUGCCCCCUCUAAUUCUUCCCGCUGGCACCGGAGGAGGCUGUCUGACUAGUGGUCCAUUCAUGAACUCCACGAUCAACAUGGGCCCGUCCUUCCUGUACGUACCCGGCGGCAACGUAUCGCGCAUGUCCAAUCCACUCGACUACAACCCCCGCUGCUUGAAGCGCGACUUGACGACCUCCAUUUUGCGCGAUAACAAUAACUAUACAACCAUUCUUCAAUUGAUCCUCAACAACCACGAUGUUUGGGACUUCGAGACUAAUGCGCAGGGUGCGCCCGGGAGUGGGCUCCUCGGUGUUCACGGUGGUGGCCACUUGGCUAUGGGUGGUGACCCUGGCCGUGACGCCGACGCUAAUCCGGGGGAUCCUGGAUUCUGGAAUCAUCACGCCAUGAUUGAUCGUCUCUGGUGGAUUUGGCAGAACCUGGACUUGACCAAACGGCAAUAUGCGAUUUCCGGGACGGGAACCUUCUUGAAUGAUCCGGCGUCGCCGAAUACUACGCUCGACACCCACGUCAACGUUGGAUAUGUCAAACCGGGCUCAAUCGCGGUGCGAGAUAUAAUGAGCACCACGGCCGGGCCUUUCUGCUAUGUGUAUUUGUGA